GAUGCUAAUAAAGUUGAGAAUAUUGAUAUUAAAUCGCAUGGUUAUGAGAGGGAGAAUGAUUAAACGAGUCGAUAUUGCCGGUCAGCCCAAGCAGUCUACCUAUAUACCUUUUUGGUCGCCUCUUCAGGCACUAUAAUUCAAAGCCCCUCUGAUUUUCUUGACAAGCACCAAAAUACCCUUAAUUACUUCCCUCACCAUUCUUAUAUAUAUAUAUAUAUAUAUAUCAAGCCCUUCACAGAGAGAGGGAGAGAGAGAGGGAGAGAGAUAGUGAGAGAUGCCGGAGAUGGUUGAGAAUGGCGCAGCAGACGGCGGCGAGAUAUCAAUAUCAUCGGGGGCGGCGGCUCCCAAUCUCAUGCAGACCGAUCAGUACAACUCACCCUCUCUCUCUGGGAAGCCGUUGUUGAUGAUCGAGCUGCAGCCAAAGGCGAAGGCAAAAACGCCUAAUUUCAUAACUCCGUUGGGCAGUCCGAUUCGAAGGGCGAUGAAGAUGACGAGGCUUGACCCUCAAGAUGCUUGGCUUCCCAUCACAGAGUCGAGAAACGGGAACGCCUUUUAUUCGGCGUUUCACACGCUUUGUGCCGGCAUCGGAAUUCAGGCCCUCGUCGUCCCCGUUGCCUUCACUAUUCUUGGAUGGAGUUGGGGAAUCAUAAGUUUGACGGUCGCAUUUGUAUGGCAACUAUACACUUUCUGGCUUUUGACCAAUCUUCAUGAAUCCACUGAAACUGGAAUGCGCUACAGCCGCUUCCUCCAACUCUUCAAUGCUACCUUUGGGGAGAAAAUGGGGAAGAUAUUUGCCGUGUUUCCGAUCAUGUACUUAUCAGGCGGUACAUGUGUGGCCCUGAUUGUUGUGGGCGGCUCCACCUCCAAACUCUUCUACCAGAUUGUGUGCGGCGGCGGCGGCUGCCCUGCUGAUCCGUUGACGACGGUGGAGUGGUACCUGGUGUUCACGUCGGCGGCGGUGCUUGUGUCGCAACUGCCGAAUCUGAACUCGAUAGCGGGGGUGUCGCUGAUCGGGGCGGUGACGGCGGUGGGGUACUGCACCAUGAUGUGGUGCGUCUCAGUGACGGAGGGGAGGCUCCCCGGCGUGUCGUACGACCGGGUCAAGCCUAACACUAAUACGGAAUGGUUCUUUGGGAUUCUUAAUGCCUUUGGAAUCAUCGCUUUUGCCUUCAGAGGACAUAACGUUACUCUUGAAAUCCAGGCAACUAUGCCAUCAAGUGAGAAGAAGCCAUCUCGUGUGCCGAUGUGGAGAGGGAUCCGAGCUGCAUAUUUGGUGAUCGCGCUAUGCCUAUUUCCUAUCGCAAUCGGUGGAUAUUGGGCAUAUGGAAAUAAGAUACCAGAAAACGGAGGCAUGCUGGAAGCAAUAUACGCUUUCCACGGCCGCGACACUUCGCAGUCAAUCCUGGGGCUGAUAAGCCUGUUGGUGAUCAUCAACGCCGUGAGCUCGUUCCAGAUCUACGGGAUGCCGAUGUUCGACGACGUGGAGUCGAAGAUCACCAAGAGGCUGAAGAGGCCGCUGCCGUGGUGGCUGAGGGUCAUCUCCAGGUUCAUGUUCGGGUACGGCUGCUUCUUCGUGGCGGUGGCCAUCCCCUUCCUGGGCAGCCUGGCGGGCCUCAUCGGCGGAGUGGCAGUUCCGGUGACGUUCGCGUAUCCUUGUCUGAUGUGGAUUAAGAUCAAGAAGCCGCAGAGGCAUAGCCUCAUGUGGUGGCUCAACUGGGGCCUCGCCAUUGCUGGGAUAUUGCUCACUGUCUUGCUUGUUGCUGCUGGUAUAUAUGUUGUCAUUGACACUGGGAUCGAAGUUAGCUUCUUUAAGCCUCACUAGGAUCAACAUCAACUUCUUCUCUACCUCCCAAUUAUACAUGUAUCAUGUCUACUUUCUGUGCUGAUUAAUUAUUACUACUAUUAUUAUUUUUUCAGUA